AUGAGUGCAAACGAUCCUGGACAUAUCAAUAAUCUUGAUAAAAGACAGAAGAAUCUUUUAAAAGAAUGUUGGAUUGAAUUGUUAAACAGAAUGAAUAGUGAAUAUACAAAUGAAUUAUUUCUUUGGUUUGCUCAUGAAAAUGCCGAUGUUGUUUUACUUCGUUGGCUUCGUGCACGGAAAUGGAAUGUAAAAAAUACAAUUGAACAAAUUUUCAAUCUUCUUGAAUGGAGAAUCAAAUCAGGUGUUAAAGAUCUAUUAAAUAAAGGUGAAAGUGAAAUUUCACUUUCAGAAGCUCAAAUGGGUAAAGGUUAUUUUAUGGGUCAAGAUCGAAUUGGUCGACCUAUUUGUUAUAUUCAUGCUAAAGAACAUAUUCGAGGACAAUAUUCACUCGAAAAUACGGAAAAAUUAGCAAUUUUAGCUUUAGAAAUAUCGAGAAAAUUAUUAAAGUCUCCUGUCGAAACAUUUACUGUUGUGAUUGACGUCAAUGGGUUAAACAUGAGAAAUAUCGAUUUUCAAUUAGUGAAAAAUUUUCUCAAUUUAUUUCAAAAUUAUUAUCCAGAAUCUCUUGGUCUUGGUCUUAUUGUCAAUGCAUCAUGGAUUUUCAGUAGUUGUUGGUCAAUGAUUUGUCCUUGGUUGGAUUCAGAUGUGGAAAAUAAAAUCAAAUUUCUCCGAAAAGAAUCAGAUUUAACGAAAUACAUCGAUCCAAUGAAUAUUCCACAACGAUUACAAGGAAAACACGCCAAUUUUCGAUAUCUCUUACCGACUGACGAAGAUCAACAAAUGAUGGAAACAUUUCGUCAAGAUCAACAAGGAAAACAAUUCAAUGAAGACAAUUAUCAACAAGCAAUGACAAAAUAUAUUCAAAUCACUUUGAAAUGGGCUCAAAAUGAAGACAAUUCCAAUUUGAUUAUCGAACGGAACAAAUCUUGUAGAAAUCUGUUGAAUGCUUAUGAAAAUCUCCUUCCGUAUGUGACAACGAGAAUUCAUUAUCAUCGAACAAAUGAAAUUCAUGAACCAAUUUUUGAGAUGACUUACAAAAAACUAUCGGAGACUCAUUUUGAUGAUGAUGUAACAUAUUUUUAA